AUGGCUGCCGUGCACCCCGACAUUUUUUACCUCCUUCAGAGGAGUGAGCUUCUGUCAGAUCUCUUGAGACAGAAGGAAAGGGAGUUAGAGGAGUCGCGGGCAGAAUCUGGGAGGCUCCGGCUCCAGCUCCAAGAAAGAGAUCAGCGUAUCCUGGAACUAGAGGGCAGGCUCAACAACAACAACAUCAAUGAAGAGCCUGCCAGAAAGAGGGCCAGGAGUCAGCUUUACAACACCAGGCUUCCUUGGUCCUCCUUAAGACCCAGCUCCUUGAACGAAAAGAAGGCAGCCCUGCGGACAAAAUUCCUGGAGCCGUGCUUUGAAAAACUACCAAAGAACGUAGUCAAAGCCAAUGUCACAUUCAGGACAGACGAUGGUUUCACAGUAGGAGUUGAGUGGCCCAAAGGUCCUCUGGACCGUAACGGCCAACCUCCACCAGCUGAUCAAGCCGUGACCGGCCGUGGGUACCGCCACCAGACUGACGAGACGAGAGACCUGGUCCGGUGGUGCGUGUACUUCAAGGACCAGGCCUCUCUCUCUGAUGUCUGGUUUCACGAACUCCACAUGAAGUUCAUGAAGGUGAUCCCACCAUUGAGCUGGCUUCAGGAAGAAAAGCGGGAGCAAAACAACUUCAUCCCGUACCAGAUGGAAGAGAAUGCAAGAGACGGGAAUGCGGCAUCCAGGAGUGUCAAGGGCAUCAUUGAAAAACACCUGAUGAUGCCCAAGAACCGGGACCUCCUGGAAGGGGACGAGCCAGAGGUGGGGUUCCGGUACGGGCUGGACGGCAGGCCACAGGCCAAGAACAACAUCAUUGGCGCUGUCAUGGCCUGCAUUACUCCCGUACGGAACCCUGAACAGGCCCUGGCUCGCCCGAAGCGGACUGUACGGGAAGAGUACUGUGUCUUUCUGUACAGUGGCAAAGAAGACUAUGAAGAGCAAGUGAGAUGCGGCUCCCGUGUCUUCAGGGAGAUUGAGGAGUUGCAUCUCAACGGGAUCGACAUAGACCUCGGUGAAGAGGGGAGGAAACAUGUCAGGAUCAAAUGGUAUGUGCUAUCUGACUGGAAGGCCCUAGCCAUUAUGCUGGGAUUGGUUGGCCCGACUGGUGACUAUUUCUGCAUCUCCUGCUACUGCAGAAAGGCGGAGAUAGCCCAGUUCAGACAAGACUACGCCCUCCGAUCACAGGAAUCGGCCCAUAUCCACACUGGGAGCAGAGACAGCAGAGGCCACCAACACCUCCCAGUGAUGAGCCUUGACUGGGGGAACGCCAUGAUUGAUACAUUACAUAUGUAUCUAAGGAUUGGUGGAAAACUGCUUUCUCAGCUCAUCGGAUGGUCCAUCGACCAGAAUCAUACAGAUGCUCUUGAAAAAGCCAUGAAGGAAGUAGGUAUCCGCACCUUCUACAUCAGAAAGGAGGCAACCAGGGAAGGGCCCAGUACAUUCAAGUGGAAGUCGUUGACAGGUAAAGAACUUGAGACCGCCAUCCAGCGCCUUCCUGAUAAGCUUCCAGCCAUCAUCAACAACAUUGGCAGUUCUGGAGAAGUCCAAAUCGAUAGUCUGCAGGGUCGACAACUGACGGCAAUGCUGCAGGCUAAGGGAGUGGAGCGGGUGCCAAGGUUGAUUUCAGAGCGAAAGGCCCUCCUGAAGCGGCUCCUUGGGGGAGCGGAAACGGUUGCACAGCCUGGAAGAGGGGAGGACGGAGUGGAGAUCAGAGUUGAGGAUCUGCAAAAGCUUUGGAAGGACUUCACCGUGGUGAUGGAAAUGGUGAAAGACCCCCAACAACGCCACCAUGUUGGGCGGGUAGCCAAGCAAUGGUGUGAGGACUUCAGGGACAUAACAUACCAGGAGGAUGUUACCCCAUACAUUCACUACCUUGGCUGCCACCUUGGGACAAAGCUGACAGAGCACCCCUUCAUGCACAGCAUCAACUGUGAGAUGAUCGAAAAAAAAAAUCACGUCCAGACCAGGCGUUUCCACCAUGCCACUCAGAGGGGGGGAGGCCGAUACCCAAGCAAAUGGGCCGAGCAGCUGAUGCAGAUGGAAAAUAGGGAGACUUUUGCGUCAAUCCAUGGCAUCGGCCAGCGCCAAAAGAGAUCCUGGGUAAGACGAAACGGGCAGGCCCCUAAUCCAGACCCACUUCCGUCUUCAGACGAUGAAGAAGAUGAUGACGACGACAGGAUCGCCUACAACGGGGAGGAAGAUGAUGAUUAAUGAGGCAAAAUUUCAGUUUCAGCUGCUAUAUUUCUUUGCUUUGAUAAUUCCUUAUGUGGCAUCUCUAUUAGAUUUGUGUUGCUACAUUUUUUUUUGCUUUAAUCAUCAAGCUGUU